AUGGUAGUAGACGGCACGUGUGGGGUCAAUGAUAGCAAGAAUGAGCGCAUCACAUGGCUCAGGCUGGAUACUGGGAUCUUCAAUCCCCAAUGGAUGGUUUUACCCAAAGGAAUCAAGGCUGGAGGCCAGCUCUCCUCUUUUCAAUGGGUGGCAACAUACACCAAUCUCCAAUGA